AUGGAAGCGAUUCACAUUCUACAAAGAUUAAUGGAAAAGUACAGGGAGAAGAAGUGGGAUCUACUUAUGAUGUUCAUUGACCUUGUAAAGGCGUAUGACAAAGAUACAAAGUCUUUCCUGGUGGAAGUAGGACUCCAUCAAGGGUCUGCAUUGGGUCCGUUUCUAGUUGCAGUUGUCUUGGAUGAGUUGUCCAAGUCGAUUCAAGAGACGUUUUGUGGUGCAUGGUUAGUUGCUGAAACUAGACAAAGCUUGAAUGCGAGGCUAGAGGAAUGUAGACCAACUUUAGAGGGCAAAGGUUUAAGGAUUAGUCGCUGUAAGGCUGAAUACAUUUAUUGUGAUUUCAACGGUGCGGGUGAAAACGAGAACACUCAAGUCACCUUUGAGGGUCAAGUGGUCCCACAAACAACUAAGUUCAAGAGGUUUCCAACAAAAUUAAGGGGGAACUUUUAUAGGGUCGCAGUUAGAUCUGCUAUGCUAUACGGGACAUAUUGUUGGGCCAUCAAGAAGACACAAGCGCCCAAGAUGGAGGUAGCAGAUAUGAAGAUGUUGAGGUGGAUGUGUGGUCACACGAGGUUAGACCGAAUAAGAAGUGAGGUUUUCAGGGAAUGUUUAGGAGUAUAUAAUAUACCAGACAAGUUAAAAGAGGAAAGAUUGAGAUGGUUUGGGCAUGUGAAGAGGAGGCAGUCAACAGAGCCAUUUAGGAUAGUGAAUCCAUGA